CCCCGUGCUCGCACAUCACUUCCUCGGCUCCUCCCGCGGUCCGUCGCAGACGCUCUUCGGACAGGCGGCGGUCACAGACGGCGGCAGGGCGAGGGGCGGCGCUCUCUGCUCCCCCCAUGGCAGGCCCGGCCCCGCCCGCGGCCGAGGAGCUCCCGGGCCCCGCUGCCAGACGCUUCUACUCCAGGAUGGAGGCCUCAUGUCUGGAGCUGGCUCUGGAGGGCGAGCGGUUGUGCAAGGCGGGCGACUUCAAGGCAGGCGUGGCCUUCUUUGAGGCGGCAGUGCAGGUGGGCACAGAGGACCUGAAGACGCUGAGUGCCAUCUACAGCCAGCUGGGCAAUGCCUACUUCUACCUGAAGGAGUAUGGCCGCGCCCUGCAGUUCCACCGGCAUGACUUGCUGCUGGCCCGGACUAUUGGCGACCGCAUGGGGGAGGCCAAGGCCAGUGGGAACCUGGGCAACACACUCAAGGUCCUGGGCAGAUUUGAUGAGGCUGUGGUCUGCUGCCAGCGGCACCUGGACAUUGCCCAGGAGCAGGGGGACAAGGUCGGAGAGGCCAGGGCGCUGUACAACAUCGGCAACGUGUACCACGCCAAAGGCAAGCAGUUGUGCUGGAACUCGGCGCAGGACCCCGGGCACCUGCCGCCCGAAGUGCGGGAGACUCUGUGCAGGGCCUCUGAGUUCUACGAGAGGAACCUGUGCCUGGUGAAGGAGCUGGGAGACCGAGCAGCGCAGGGCCGGGCCUACGGCAACCUGGGCAACACCCACUACCUCCUGGGCAACUUCACAGAGGCCACGAGCUUCCACAAGGAGCGCCUUGCCAUCGCUAAGGAGUUUGGGGACAAGGCCGCCGAGAGGAGGGCCUACAGCAACCUUGGCAACGCACACGUCUUCCUGGGAUGCUUCGAUGUGGCAGCGGAGUACUACAAGAAGACGCUGCAGCUUUCGCGACAGCUGCGGGACCAGGCAGUGGAGGCACAGGCCUGCUACAGCCUGGGCAACACCUACACACUGCUGCGGGACUACGAGCGCGCGGCUGAGUUCCACCUGAGGCACCUGCUCAUCGCCCAGGAGCUGGCCGACAGAGUGGGUGAGGGCCGAGCAUGCUGGAGUCUGGGGAACACAUACGUGUCCAUGGGGAGCCCAGAGCAGGCCCUGACCUUCGCCAAGAAACACCUGCAGAUCUCCCAGGAGAUUGGGGACCGCAACGGGGAGCUGACAGCCCGAAUGAAUGUCACGCAGCUACAGAUGGCGCUGGGUCCACUGAGCAGCCCGGCCGCUACAGAGAAGCCAGAUCUGGCAGGCUAUGAGGCCCAAGGGGCCAGACCCAAGAGGACACAAAGGCUGAACAUGGAGGCCUGGGACCUGCUGCGGCUGCCCCCGGAGAGGGAGCAGAAUGGGGACACCUACCAGGCUGGGGACUGGCGGGGGCUGGGCAGGGAUGCGCUGCCCCUUCCUGUGAGGAGCUGGAAGUACCAAGAAGGGCCAGUCGCCAGCGAGAGGAAACCGAGGGAGGGCGGCCACUCCCCAUUGGACAGUGCUGACGUACGUGUGCAGGUGCCCCGCACGGGCAUCCCAAGGGCGCCAUCCUCAGACGAGGAGUACUUCUUUGACCUGCUGAGCAAGUUCCAGAGCAGCCGCAUGGACGACCAGCGCUGCCCACUGGAGGAGGGCCAGACAGAGGCCACCGAGGCCACGGGAGCUGCCACACUAAAAGAGCGGGUUGCCCAGCCCUCUGUGACAGCGUCCCCGCAGACCGAGGAGUUCUUCGAUCUCAUUGCCAGCUCCCAGAGCCGCAGGCUGGAUGACCAGCGGGCCAGUGUGGGCAGCCUGCCUGGCCUGCGCAUCACCCACAACAACGUGGGCCACCUCCGAGGGGAUGGGGACCCCCAGGAGCCAGGGGACGAGUUUUUCAACAUGCUCAUCAAAUACCAGUCUUCCAGGAUCGACGACCAGCGGUGCCCACCACCCGACGUACUGCCCCGGGGCCCCACCAUGCCGGAUGAGGACUUCUUCAGCCUCAUUCAGAGGGUGCAGGCCAAGCGCAUGGAUGAGCAGCGCGUUGCCCUCACUGGGAGCCAGGGGCAGCAGGAGGCUGACUCCUGCCUGCAGAUUCUGGGGUACACAUGGCCCCUCGAUCCCCAGAGUGUUGUGGCAGCCACCACAGGGGACAGCGAGGCUAGAAGACCAGCUGGGCCAUCAGCAGGGUGACCUUGCUUUUAAGAAGGGGCAACCCCAGGAGGUGAGGGGGCAUGGAGGUGGGGUGUUGGGCCGGCACCUGAUACUUGAAUGUACAUGUGUAUUUAUUGUUCAUUCGCCUGUGCCAUGUUGUCCAGGGGUCCCCACGGCCACUAAGAGGUACGUCUGCGUUUAUCCUGAUAAAUAAAGUUUGCCAAGUGA